AUCCAGUCACGGAUUGCCGUCAAAUACACAGAAAAAUAAUUUCUGUACCUUUACAGAAAUAUUCCUUUGGGAACCGGUUGCCAAUAAACAGUUAGCAAUCCUACAAGAAAUAAUUUGUUAAUUUUUACAACACAUUGCUAUGGUUAUGUUUGCAUGUGUGAAAUACGUUUUCCGAGAUAAUACCGAGUACACAUUUCUUGCGAAAAUUGGUUCAUAAUUUUAUAUUUUAAUUGAUGUUCCAUUCUAGCAUAAUUUUUAUAAACCAUGUAAUAGCUAUUAGGAUAUUUAACAAUCUGACUUCAUUUAUUUUGUAUAACGUUUAUUAUAUGCGCAAUUACCACUGAGAAACUAUCAAAGGAACCGUUUACAAAAAUCUUUUAACAACUGGAGGUACUGGGACAACAAACACUAAGCAUAAAUGAAUUGGUCCAUGCAAAAAGGGCUUCAGUCCAUUUUUUCCGCAAUUCCAGUUUGAAUAUGCAACAUUACCUAAGAAGGUAGAUACACAUUUCUACGCCAAAAAGACUUCAGUCCAAUGCACUGUUACCGUAGUAACAGACUGUUAAUUUCACUGUUCCAUGCAGCAAGGGCUUCAGUCCUGGACUGAAGCCCCUUUUGCAUGGAAUAAAGUUUGGGAAUUUUUGUUGUAGCGGCGCACUAUUGAAAUAUUCUGUGACAUUAUGUUUCCUAACCUGUUAUUCAAAAUGUUUAUAACAAAAGAAUGUUGAAUAUGCAGUUUGUUUGUUAAAUGAUGGUAAAUUAGUAAGUUUUAUACAAAGAUAUUGUUAAAUAAUGUCAUCAGAAAGUGAAGGCACAGACAAUGUAGAAGAAAGAGGUAUAAAGAGGAAAAGUACACCAUCUUCUUGGAAAAGAAAUAUAAGAAAAACUGCAAGAUGUAAAGGGGAGGAAUACCUAACCUCCAAAGGCAAUUUGAUUCCAGCCAGAACAACAGGACCUCCAUGCAGGUAGGUCUAUAACUACCAAUGUUAUCUAAAGCUUGUAUUUGUUAAUACAUUACAAUAUUAGGCACUUACUUAUGUAUUUCUGAUAUCAAGAGAAUUAGUUUUAGUAGGCCUAAAUCUCUCAAUGCACUAUAUAUAUUUCCUUUAUUUUCCAACAAUCACAAAAAUAUUUAUCGUUUUGUUUUCAGAUGUUAGAGAAUGAAGUGUUUUGAGAAGAUCUCAGAUGAUGAAGCUAUUGAUGUGCUAAGACGUUUGCAUGAUUUGCCUACAAAAAAUCAACAAGACACAUUUAUUCAAUCUCUGAUUGAUAUACAUGAUGUUGAUCGCCGUCGACCUCGGAAGAAAGAGGGGGCAAGAAUUGUUGACAAAGUUUACAAAUACUAUGUUAUUAUAGGCCAUGUAAAGAGAGAGGUAUGUUACAAAGCUUUCUUAUCAUUGUUUGCUAUUACUGAUAAACGAGUGAAGAGGAUUAGAAAACUUGCUUUAUUGGGCAAAAGUCCCGUUGAUGAAAGAGGGAAUACAUCAAGUGCUAACACACUUCCACCUGAAGUUCGGGAAAAAAUCAGAAACCACAUUCUUAGCUUUCCAGUUAAAUGCACAAAAUACACUGGUAAAACAAAAUCAUAUCUCGAUGCCAGACUGUCUGUAAAGUCCAUGUAUAAUCUAUUCAAAGAUAAAAAUCCUGACAUUAACUGCAGUUAUCAGUUUUUCAUUAAGUUUUUCAAUGAAAACUUUUCUCUAUAAUUUGGCAGACCCCAGGUUGAUUGCUGCUGUACUUGUGAGGAGUUAAAACUUAAAAUUAAAAGCCCUCACAUAAAUGAAGCAGCCAAGAGGUGUGCGGCAGCGGAACUAAUGCAGGGUGGCCAGCCAACCGGGAAAUCGGGAAAUACGGGAAAUAGCCAGGAUUUAUUAAAAAAACCAGGAAUACCUGGAAUCAGCCAGGAAUUUUUAUUAGAACCGGGAAUUUUUUUUAUGAAGUAACGAUCGCAAUAACAUACGGCUGUUAAAUGAGCACGUUCACCACCCGUCGAAGCACGACAGUAUGCUCGUGAGCUAUAUUUUGUGAAAGUUAAUUUGUUUAUAUUGCAUUUAAAAACUUUUGUAGUACGUAAGAAACCGUUAACAAUUCAGACUUCCAUACUUAUUAUGUUUCUGUAUUCAAAAGCAACAGCAUUUUGGCUGAAAAUGUUGUUGUAGGGUGGUUGUAAUUUCUCGCACGGCAUGUUGGUAGCACUAGUUUUGUAUGUAUAUUUGUUUUUAUUUGCGCUCGUGUUGUUGCGUCACGGUAUCACGGAUGGAUACUUUUCUCGAGUUUUUUUAAAAGUUUAGUUGUGCGGGACGUUGUUUUGAAUUUUUUAAUCUAACAUGUAAUUGGCGCAGACUAUCAAAAUGUCAACGAGUUCGGUCACCACAUACAAUGACAAAUAUACGGAAGAGUUUGAAUGGGUGGAGAAAGAUCCAAAGUGCAGGACAAACGCUAUUUGCAAUUUGUGUAAUGUUAAAAUCAAUAUCGGUAGCAUGGAUGGGAAGAACAGCAUUAGCCAGCCACGCAAGAGGUGCAAAACACGUGCGUUUGGUGUCAAGUAAUUUUUGUGACUUGAGAUUAUAAAUUUUUUUGUUGGUGGUAGGUUUUGUUUUAAGCAAGUUCAUUGAUUUAAUUUUUAAGCCUAUAGUUAAGUUGUCUAUUGUUUAACGCCAAUAAAACAUCAUAUUGUGUGUGCUUUGUGUAACAAAAAUACAAAUUGUAUGCAAAUAUUGAUAAAAACCACCCUUGAAAAAACCUGGAAAAAACCAGGAAUUUUAUUAUCCCAGAAGAGUGGCCACCCUGUAAUGAUUCACAGAAGGAGGGCAAAGAAGUUUUAUAAUGAACUUAAAAAAGAACGAGACUGCAAAACUGAACCACACGUUCUGUCCAUCUGUAUGGAUUAUAUGCAAAAUAUUCAAUUGCCACGAAUCCCAGUUCAAGAGACUUUCUAUAUGAGGCAGUUAACAGUCAAUGUUUGCUGCAUACAUAACAUAAAGGAACAUAGUGCUAUGUUAUACCUUUAUCAUGAGGGUACUGCCAACAAAGGCCCAAAUGAAGUGUGCUCACUUUUAACGGAUUAUUUGAACACGGUUCCUCCAGAAAUUAAUGAGAUAAGGAUUUUCUCUGACAACUGUUCUGGCCAAAACAAAAACCACUCACUGGCACGUUUGUUAUUGGCUUUAACACGAACUGGUCGAUUUAAUAAAAUAGAACAGUUCUUCCCCAUCAGGGGUCAUUCGUUUCUCCCCUGUGACCGAGAUUUUUCAAUGAUUAAAAGACAGCUGAGGAAACAUGACCGUUUAUAUUCCUUAAGAGAAAUCACUGAAUUAGUAAUCAAGAGCAGUAAUAAUAAUAAGUUUAUGGUGACACAUGUGAAAUCGGAACACAUAUUCGAUUACAAAAAUUGGUGGCCUCAAUAUUACAAAAAGUCUGUCGUUUCAGAAGAAACGCGCCCGAGAUCAGUUCCGAAAGAUGAUAAGCAACAGUUUGGCAUAAGUUCCUUCAUGCAUUUUUCUUUUAGUCAAGAAAUGCCUGGAACAAUUGUUGCACGAAAAUUUAUCAAUGGUAUGGUACUACAUACUUUUUGUUUGCGGCAAGCAAUGACGAACCCCGAAUUUCCACCAUGCAUUGCUUAUCCAGAAGGGAAGGUCCCCAUUAAAAAAAAGAAACUAGAUGACAUACGAAAACUUCUGCCCUAUAUUCCCGAGGAGCAUAAACAAUUUUACAUUGAUAUUUCUAACUGGCCAACAGCUGAAAACAUUGAUUUGGAAGUACAAGAUGAUUAACUGGAGAACAUUGAUUUGUAGGUACAAGAUGAUUAACUAACUGUAUAUAAUUUAAUUUUUGACACACUGUACAUGAGUAAAUAAACUAAUAUGUAGUAAAAUAUAACAUAUUGUAUCUUCUUUUCUACCAUUUUGUUGGAUAAGAAACAAUUAAAAUAAUAUAUAUACUAAAAUAACAAUAAAAUAUAAAAGAGUGUUUAAUAAAAUACUUUUCCAUGCAAAAAUGGCUUCAGUCCAACAUAUUUUAUAAUUUUUUUUCGACAAACUAUAUACAAGAACAGUAAUAUAGAUAAUUCAUAUGAGUGGUGAAAUUGUUAGGUACCAUAUUAAAAAAAGGUGUUAUUAUAUUAUUAAAAUCUUCUGGCGCAGACAGUUUUUUGUGUUUUUCUCAAAAACACUUAUUUAGGACUAAAGACCUUUUUGCAUGGAUCGAUUCAAAUGAAAUGUCUGGGUUAAGAAUCUGAAAACAGUAGCUAUAACUGCGAUAACUAUAUUUUGUAGUUAAACAGUUGUUAUCAUAUAAAAGUACAAAUUUACAAAUAUAUAUAAUAUUACAUGAAUAAUUCUGCUCCAUUUACAAAAAAAAAUUAAAUUAUAGACAAUUUGUUUUAAGGUGAGAAAAUUUCUUAAAUUAAUGUGCGGUAUCUUGCUGCCUCGACGAAAGAAAAUUUGCAGUA